AUGAGCUACGACUACAAAGCAUGUAUUUGUGAGUCACUAUCAAUACCAGACACGGGACACUCGGCGCACACAAUGAUGUUCCUGCUUAUGCUUCUCAUUCUACAAAUGUCUGUUCAGGACCCGUGUCCGAAUGACAAAUAUCGCAACUGUCUUCAGGGAAACUGCACCAGGACAACGACUGGUAAAACUGAGUGUGCCGAGGGUUGUGUAAGAGGUUUCUUGGGAACCGGAUGUCGCAUCCCAUGUCCUGAACACUGUGAGAUGUGUGACCGAUUUGAGGGGACAUGCUUGAUAUGUUCUGGUGAUGUCAAUGGAGACUACUGUAACAAUACAUGUGACGCUAUAUGCCACGGAUUUCAUUGUAAUAAAGAUGGAACCUGUUCUAACUCAACAUGCCAGGACGGAUGGUAUGGGCCUAACUGUAGCAAUCAGUGCAACCAAACGUUCCUGAGAUGUGGAAAAACUGAUAGAGGGUGUAUAGCAUGUAAACAUGGCUUCUAUGGAAUGGACUGUCAGUUGGGAUGUAAUAAAUAUGGUCUUGCAGGAAUUCAGAUGCAGGAAACGUGCCUCUCUAGUUGUGCAACGGAUCAUGAAGUCGGAGGCCACCAUAUUUGCACUGGUAAAACCCUGAACUGUCUCAACCACAACUGCACCAGAACACAAUCUGGUAAAACCAUAUGUGCUGCAGGUUGUGUUGAGGGAUUUUGGGGUACGAUUUGUAGAAUUCCAUGUCCAGAAAACUGCCAAACAUGUGAACGCCUUCAGGAAAAAUGCACGAAGUGCAAGGAUAAUCAAUAUGGAUUAUUCUGUAAUCUCACAUGUCAAGAACAGUGCCAUGGAUUCCAGUGUAACCAGGCAGGAACAUGUUCCGAUACAGCAUGUACUGAUGGAAGAUAUGGAGAUGACUGUAGCCGAGAGUGUGGAAAAGGGUGCAAGGCUUGCAACAGAACCACAGGACAUUGUAUGAAAUGCAAGAGCAAUUACUACGGAAAAACUUGCGAUCGUCAUAUAAAUACAAAUGACACGCCCGCUACAGGGAAGCCCUCAGUUUGGUUUGUUCUCUCGGUAUCCUCUGCAGUGGUUUUCGUUACAAUAGUUGUCGCCAUAAUAGCGUGUUACAAAAGGAGAGGGUAAGUGGAAACAGUUCAGUGAAUGUUCUAUAUAUAGCAGUAACAGACAUCGCAUUAAGCCCAAACAAACUGUAAAGGUAA